UCGUGCGUAGCCGCGGCUGCGGCGCAGGGGGCGGGCCCGCGGCGCGGCGCCGGAGGAGGAAGUGGUGUGGUUGUCGCUCCCUCCGCGCCCACCGCUGGCUCUCCCGGCGCGCAGAGGGGCCGCGGUCUCCGCGGCUGCGUCGCGCUGCCCUACUGUCCCCUCCAUGUACCCCGGCGCCGCCGCUCCCCUUCCUCAGGCCGCCGCUCACCCCGGGGUCUAUGGAAGUAAUGGAAGGACCCCUCAACCUGGCUCAUCAACAGAGCAGACGAGCAGACCGUUUCUUAGCUGCAGGCAAAUACGAAGAGGCUAUUUCUUGUCACAAAAAGGCUGCGGCAUAUCUCACUGAAGCCAUGAAGCUGACACAGUCUGAGCAGGCUCAUCUGUCACUGGAGUUGCAGCGGGACAGCCACAUGAAGCAGCUGCUCCUCAUCCAGGAGAGAUGGAAAAGGGCCCAGCGAGAGGAGAGACUGAGAGCCCAGCAGAGCACAGACAAGGAUGGAGCCGCCCUCCCCCAGGCAUCUCACAGACCUUCUGCUGAGGACACAGAGGGCCAGAGUCCCCUUCUUCCUCAGAAGUACCGCCCUCCCACGGAGAAACACUUGCCGGAAAUCCAGGGAGUCUUUGACAGGGAUCCAGACACGCUACUGUUUUUGCUUCAGCAAAAGAGUGAGCCAACAGAACCAUGUCUCGGAAGCAAAGCCCCAAAAGAUGAUAAAACGAUUAUAGAGGAGCAGGCAACCAAGAUUGCAGAUUUGAAGAGGCAUGUGGAAUUCCUUGUGGCUGAGAAUGAGAGAUUAAGGAAAGAAAAUAAACAACUAAAGGCUGAAAAGGCCAGACUCCUAAAAGGUCCAGUAGAAAAGGAGCUGGAUGUAGACGCUGAUUUUGUCGAAAAGUCAGAGUUGUGGAGCUUGCCACCACAUUCAGAAACAGCCACAACCUCUUCCACCUGGCAGAAGUUCGCAGCAAAUACUGGGAAAGCCAAGGACAUUCCAAUACCCAAUCUUCCUCCCUUGGAUUUCCCGUCUCCAGAACUUCCUCUGAUGGAGCUCUCGGAGGAUAUUCUGAAAGGACUUAUGAAUAAUUAAGGUGGAAGGCCAGGGAAGAGGUGACAGGAGGAUAUAAUGCAGUUCCACAGUUAUCCAGAAAAAAAAAAAGGGAAAACCACACGCAAGGGUAAUCCCAGAAGUGCUUUGUCAUCUGGUGUCCUGUGGGAGCAGAGGCAUUGCCAGGCCUUGGGAAGCAGUCACUGUGAAAUGUGUCGCGUAUCUGAUUCACCAACUGGAGCUCAUGAUUCCAACUUGGCAGACACUAAACUUGUGGAGUUCGCUUUCUCCUGAUACAAACCAAAUGGCUACCUGGAAUAAUUUUUUCAAGCAGCAAUUAUUUUUCUUAUCUUCAGGGUUAAAAUGUAUAAAAGUAUGUUAUGUGUAAUUAAUCGAUAAUGCCAUAAAUGAUAAUGCAAAACCUAAAUAAUAUGGUGGCCCUAGGGGCUGCCGGUAUCGGAAACAUGCUUUCUGUCAUACGUUGACUGUAUGCAUUUUGUUAAUGCACAUUUUUUUUUAAGGUGUGUAAGAUACACACCUUUCUAGAUGAAACUAUAUGUGCCACACUUUGCACUACUCAUAAUGAUAACCUCAAGACUAUCAGGAGAAAUAUUUAAAUUUCCAUUUUAUGAAGAAAGGAACCAAAUUAUUAGUUACACUUUUUUUUUUAAACAAAUUAUCAGUUUACAUAAUUAAUCAGGGUGCAUUUUAAGUUCUAACUUUGUUUAUUGUGUAAUGCAUCAUUUGAAAAUACUAAGGAAACAUCCUUUGUUUUUAAUGAUGCAUGAGUGGAAGUAAUGCUAGCUGGCAGUGUUUGAUUGUAAGACAUCAAUAAAGUAAUUGUGUUUUAUA